AUGUUCCUGGAUAAUGACUACAUCAGGAUCAUGACCGAUAAGUUCGCUUAUACUGGCGAUCGAUUCUUAGCCAUGAGGCCAAUGGAGCGAACAGGAGAAUGCAAUCUAAUUGGCGUACUCGUCGCCAAUAAGAUCUUUCCUUGGGAGCCGAGGGAGCUAGAGGAAUGGGCUGAUGCGACACCCUCGGUGCCAGAGCGCAGCCGCAUGUACUUCUACUCCCACUGCUACACCAGUUCCAACUUGUGGAAGAAAUACAAUGUCGAUUAUAUUUACGAGAUCGAGGUGUUAACGACAGCUUUAGAUGUGACGAGCCAGGGUGUAGCGACGUUAUUACUGAAGUACGCGCUUAAGGAAGCCCUACUGCUGCGGCACCCGCUCAUACAGCUCAUCUGCACUAAUUCCUACGUUGAAAGAGUAUGUGAGCGCUGCGGAAUGACGAAGGAGUGGUCAAUGAAAUACGCCGACUUUGUGGACAGCUUCGGUCAGAGCAUUUUCUACCCUCGCGCCCCUCAUCUCGACUGCACUAUUUACAUUAAGAAGUUUGUGCAGGAGGAGGCAGCUGCCUUGCCGUGCUUACCAGAAGUAUGGUGA